AUGUUCUCAUUGAACAAAAUUCCCAUAAAAACAGAUCUAAAUGGUUUACCAUCCGAAGUAUUUUAUAAUAAAUUGAAAAAUGUCAAAAAUGGAGUUGAUCAUCCUAAUUAUUGUAAAAAUAUUAGGAAUGAUUUACCCGAACGUGAAGAAAUUCUAAAGGUUUGCGCCAAUCUCAUUAGCAAUAUAAAACACAUAGAAAGUGAAACUAGCAAAGAGCCAUCAUUUAUUCAAAAGCAUUGUUAUGAUUUGAAUUAUUGGUUAUUUGAAGAAGUGUCUAAGGCGUUCAAUGAUCAUGAGAAAAAUACAAAUGUGUAUCUUGCCAUUGAAGAACUUCAUAAAUCAUGGAAGGAAGCUAUUCAAAAUGACUCGCAGAAUACAAAUAAUAAAUGUAUGCCCGAACGCAAACUUUUUAAAACGAAAUUACUUAAACCUAUGAAAGAUGUUUUAGAUUACAUUGAAAAUUUUUCAACAUUUAAGCAGGAAUCUGUUAAGAAUAAGGAAAAACCUAAUAAAUAUUGUCCGUUAAUUUUAAAAAUUGUUCCAUUAUUUUUUAUGUUUCAACAAUUAUGUUCAGAAAUGAAAAUUGACAUUUGCAAAAAAUAUGUAGAAAAUUAUGAUAAUUAUAAUCCUAGUGAAUUAUUGGCUAAAUUAUCAUGUGUGGAAGGAAAAACAUAUGAAGUUCAAUUUGACGAAAAUCUCGUAAGAGAAAUGAUAAAUACCUAUCAGUCAGAUUUGGGUAAUUUUUUCACAAAAUUAGGUUUGCCGAAUUUAGGUUUGUCAAAUUUAGAUUUGCCAAGUUUAGAUUUGUCAGGUUCAGUUAUGUCGCGUUUCGGUUCCCACGAUUUCAGUUUCCCUGGUGUCGAUUUCCAAAAUUUCGGUUUGUCAGGUUUAAAUUUCCCAGUAAAUCUUCAAAGUAUGUUUAUGAAUAAUAUAGUAGAUUUAGUACAAAAAGGAUUUGACGGCAGCGGUAUAAAAGCUCUUUUUAAUAAAAUUCCAUACCUUUCGGAGAUUUAUAACUACGAUAUAAUCCAUAAAUAUGUUGUACCAGCGCUUUAUGGUCUUGGAGGUCUUCUUUUUUUUUUCAUUUUAUAUAAGUGUCGUAGGUGUUUACCCUGUUGUUGUAUUUUCAGGCGAAGGAAAAAAAGACGUAAUCGUUUAACUGAUUUUGACACAAGUGGAUUAAUGAGUGCCCCAUUAGGAUUUCCAGCCCCCAUGAUGCCAAUAAACCCAUAUGGUUUACGGUACCAACCCAUGUGA